AUGUCAGUUACUGCGACACCAAAACAAUUAGUUCAUAUUCUCAAUGGUUAUGCUGACUUAUACAAACUCGAACUUAAUAUUAUACGAUUUACUGAUGACGUUCCAAUAUCUGGUCAUGAUAUUCAUGUGUAUGGUGGAACUUCAAGCAAAGUUGAACGGCAGAAGCGUCAUCGUAGUAUUGUUUAUAUUAUGCAUGAUUAUAAAAAAUCCUUAUUUGCUCCAUGGUAUGCCACUCGUACUGAUGGUCGACUACAAACAUGUUUUGCCACUGAUGAUGAAACUAUCAUGGAUCAUAUCGUGAAAUUAAUUCGGGAACGGAAUCAUGAAAGUUCACUGGGUAACAAUUUCAAUUCGUCAGCUGAUACAGAUUCAGUUGAUAAAGUAUACGAACAACUCGAAUCCUUACCAAUACAUGUCAAUCAAGUACAACGUCUCCAGCAAGUGGAUGAUACUACAUCGAUGGAAACAGACGAUCGACAACAUACGACUAAUGAAAUAUUGAAAGAAGGGGAAUGUAUUUCGAAAAACAUUAUGAUAAAUACGGCACAAAGUAAAACUGGCCAUGCAAAAAACCAUAUCUGCUCUUCGAAAAAUAUUGUUUCUCACAUUCCCAUCUGUUUAUUUCAAAGUACAACGAGACCAGCAACAAUAACCAGACCAGAUGUUCGAACAAGUCAUAGUACAAUACAAAAUUAUGCUUCACCAAAUGUGACGAGGCACCCAAGUCGUUAUCGACGUGUUCGUAUGUUAAAGGAUUUAGAAAAAAAAGACUGUCCAUUAGUACAAGCAGGUAACGGCAAGAAACAAAGAGAGUAUCCUGAGAUAGAAAGUGAUGGUGAUGAUGUAGAACUUUAUGUUCGUGUUCGAACUGUCACAGAAAAUCGACUUCGACAUCCUUGCCAAACUGUUGCACCUGAAAAUGCUCAUGUUGAUUGGACAUUAAUGACAAAUACUAAUGAUGAACGAAGUUGUUUAAAAUGUAGUUCAGAUAGUUUUGAUCCGGUGACUGAAUCUGUCUUUUUAAAAAUUACUGACGUCGAACGAAAAGAUAGUAAAAAAAUAGUAAAAGUUUAUCUUUUCAACUGGAAACAGUAUGGACCGUCAUUAACAGGAGCUGUUGAAUGUAAAAACCGUCGACUAUGCAGACUUGAAUUUCAAUUAUGCAUAAAAAUCAGUUCUAGUCAAUAUCAGCUUGUGUCACUUCCUUCUUACACAUCAGUCAUUGAACAAAAGGACAGAGACAUAACUAUCGAUCCAACUAAGAUCAACCCAAAAGAAUUAUGUGAACUGGGUGGUGAAAACAUUACUGUGCCAUUAAGUGUUACAUGCCAUAAAAGAGAUUUUCGCAUCGAAUGCAAUGAUAUUGAGCUCAAGAAUAAGGACUUCAAAAUAAAACUAAAAAAAUUAUCAAUAAUCUCCCCAGUUAAACCUGAGGGAAUGAAUAGCCUUCAUCUAGUUAUUACAACAACAGAUUUUGUUGAGGACAGUUUAUUACGAAAUGAGAAUCAUUUAUUCGAUGAUUAUUUACCAUACGUUGCUCAUGUCGAUCAAAAUCAAAAUCAAGCAGCACAGCGUUUGGAAUCGCCUACAGAAGAUCUUAGCCACAUAUCUGUUGAUAAUACUUCUUCAUCAGAAAAUCAUUCAACUUCAUUUGAUCUUCAACAUGUAGCUUUAUCAGAAGCUUCUGCUUUCAUCGAACAAAUGCUACAGGAAAUCAAUCAAUUAAAGAAUAAUUGUCGAUCAUUACUUGAUGGAAUUUCUGUACAACAUCAAUUAUCGGGUAUACGAUCAAAGUUCACGAAUCUCAACUCAAUAUCUCCUCAAUAUUCGUUUGAACUUAUACAGCAACGACUAAUGUUUAUCUCACAGAUUGUUCAAGGUGCAGCUGAACAUAUUCCACAAAAUAAUGAUACUCCUAUUGCUUCCAACAUAACUGUUACAAACAAUGAUCAACAAGAUAACACAAGUGAGAUUUAUAAAUUUAAUGCUUUCAGUGCAACUUACUGUAUAUCUCUAGUUCAACUCGGGGAUACAAAUUAUGUCGUACAAACUGAUCAAAACUCUACUGAUACCUCAUCAUUCGUUCUAAAUCGUUUAUCAAGAACUACAGAAAAUUUUCCAACUACUUCAACAUCAACAUUAUUAUCAGAUAAAUGUAAAGCACCAAAGAUUCUCAAUCAGCCAAAAAACAAAUGGCACUAUCGAAACAUGAAAGAUCUUGGAAAAAAACAGAUUCCUCUUUUAGCUGGUGAUGGUCCUCAACGUACAUUGAUACGCGUCAAAGUUCCUCCCAAGCGCACUGAUUCAAUGUAUCUUGGUAUUAAGGUUCAAACUUAUAAUAAUCAUGAUCAUCGUUCAAAAGUACCUGUUCCUGAGGGCACCGCUGUCAAUAUGGAUUUAUUUUCUAAUGACAACAAUCUCAAUCGUCUGCAAUUCGAUCAAUGUGAUUCGGCAGACUAUUUCGAUCCAGUACAUAGAUAUGUUUAUUCGAAAAUUAGUUUGACAGAACAUGACGCUAAAGAAAAAGAUGUACGAAUACAUAUCUUCAACUUGUAUCAAAGUGGUUCAAUAAAUAGAGCACGAAUUGAUAAUGAACAAUUGGGAAAAUUCAAAUUAGCUUUUUGGUUCAGUAUCCUCAAAAAUAAUGUAUUUACGCCUAUUUCACCAUUAUCAUUAUCUUGUGUAAUAAAAGAAAGUAAGUUAUAG